AUGGAUAACCGAAAAUGGAGUUUGAGUAUCAUAUCUCUGGCUUUUCUCUUCAUCACUUGCUCUUCGGCUGAUUUCCUCAUUCAACAGGUCACAAAGGAGAGAGGAACAAAAUACAACAGUUCUUACAGCCUCGAGGCGAAUCUUGGAGUGACAAGAGUGUUGAGAGAAGAGCGUCCAUCAAGUAAGAUAAUGACAAUAACAAGCUACUCCACGAUUAAGGGGCAAAGUUCAUCCUACGAGUCCUCUGUUUUUGAGGCUGCUGGUUACAAAUGGAGAUUGGUUUUGAUCGCUGCUGCAUAUGACUAUGUUACACUUUACCUGUCGAUCGAAGAUACAGAAUCACUUCCAAAAGGCUGGGAAGUCAAUGUUGAUCUCAAACUCUUUGUCCACAAUAUAAAGCAACACAAGUACUUGACUGUCACAGAUGGAACAGUGAAGCGAUUCAACGAUUUCCAAAGAAGGUUGGGAUUUGAACAAUUGAUUCUUCUUUCAACAUUCGAAAACCCGAAUGAAGGUUACAUUGUGCAGGACACUUGUUCUUUUGGUGCUGAGAUCUUUGUUGUUAAACCGGCUGAGCAACAAGAGAAAGUCACAUUCAUAUCGAACCCUCCAAACAAUAUUUUCACUUGGAAGAUACUUCAUUUUUCUACCUUGGAAGACAAACACUAUUACUCUGACGAUUUUCUCGUUGGAGACCGAUACUGGAGAUUACUAUUUUACGUGAAAAGGAAUGGAGACGUAAGACAUGAUGCACUGCCGAUCCUUAUUUCUACUCGAGGCUUUAAACAAAACGCAGUCGUUACAACCACUUGGGGAGAGGCUUAUAUCCGGUUAAAGAAUCAACGAAGCUCUAACCACAGACAAAUAUAUGCUGAUACUUGGUACCCGAUUCGAAGUGAUUAUACUAUUGGAGUGCAAAAUAUCAUAUCGCUAGCAGAAUUAAACGAUGCAUCGAAAGGGUAUUUGGUGAAUGAUGCUAUUAUCUUUGAAGCUGAAUUUGUUAAGGUCUCUGUGACCAACAUAGUUCCUGCUUAA